AUCCGUUCGUGGAACCGGGGAAGACUUUCCCUCAACAAAUUUGCCGCUGUGUUAAAUAAUAUUGUUUGCUGUUACUGUAAAUUAUGAGCGUAGCUGUGUGAACUAGCGCCCAAUAAUUAAGAUCCGCCCAUAACCAAUUAGUUCUUUUGUCCCAAUUUUGUGUGCAUUCUUUCGGUUCAGGUUAACGGAUAAAAUUGGCACGAACCUCCUUUUUUUCUUUUUUUCUUUUCUUCUCUUCUUUUGGCCCUCAAAACGUGCUUUGCAUUUCUAUCGCACAGAAAAAUUGUGCCUCCGUAUAUAUUCACCAUCAUAGGGUAAAUAUUUAAUUUUACGAAUUUUAAGUCAUAAAUCAAUCCCUUAAUGUAACCAUAUCCUGUAGUCUUGUUUAUUUCCCAUUUCAAGUCCGUAAUCGGUUUUUUUAAUUUCAAGUUCUGAAUGAUUUUAUUGAGCUUCCCUCUGUACUAUUUUUAGGUACGCACCCAGUUCCAUUUUUUAAACAAAUGGCAUCUUUAGCUCUAAAAGUUAAUACUUUGCCAAAUGAAAAGAAAAAGAAAGGCAUCAAAAACUUACUUUUCCCCUUUACAAACAGUGAUCUAAAAAGUAAAAAUAUCAACUCUAAAGCCCCAAAAUAUGAGCAAUCCACAUCUGGUGAAGUAGCCUCUAUCGCCUCGGAUGGCGCGUACCAGAUCACCAAUCAGUAUAGCAGAAACAUCUAUGCUUAUCGGACGCAGAACCAACCACACGUCCAUUCCGAUAACGAGACAAUUUAUGGCAUUGCCAAGCCAAAUUUUAACAGAAGUUUAAGGGAUUUGAAAACAAGUGCCUCCAAUAGGCGGGCGUUAGACUUGGCAGAAACGAAUACAAAUGAACGGAGAUGCAGUAUAUCGAGCUCCGUUUCAACAACAUCUGAAAUUCCAUCACCCAAAAGAUUCACUGAAUUGCAAUUAUCACCUAAUAUACCACCGUACUCGCAGUAUUACACAACUACAAAUCCCACGUAUUCAUCCAGCCGUCCAGUAAUUAAAAGCAAAGGAACAAAUAUUCCUCAGCGACGAAGUCAACAGCAGAUUGAGCGUGACAUACAUCGCAGCAGUAAUAUCUACAACUCUGAAGCCAAUACAGUUUGCAAUAUAUCGGUGUUGCCUAGUAAGAAUGUUGUGUCAGGAACAGGUGACCCACGACCAAAAACAGAGCUUUCUGAAAGUAAAUCAGAUCUCCCUUCUCCUUCUACCGCCAUGUACGAUAUUAAGGACCACAAAAGAACGCCGCGAACAAAUCCUAUUUACAACACUUAUUCAGCUCUUGAAAGUUCUGAUCCCAACUACUGCUAUUCGAAACGAAUUAAAGAUGAGGCAAAUCUAAACUCCGGGUAUUUUGUGCGUGGUUCUAAACAUAGAAAUACAACUGGAUCAAUGAAUCCACCAGCUAAAGUUCUAUCCAAGUCUAUGAUCCCCCAGCAUUUGUUGCAUACGAAAGAAAUGAAAAAUCAAAGCAACGCUCCCCCCAUCUUUAAACGCGGUACCCUGAUGGGAUCAGAAAAAAAUAUUCAAAGAAACAACAGCAUCAAAAAGAAUGUUAGUUUUUCUCCUGGUAACGACAGAAUCCCACUAGAAACCUCAGGAAACUGGCCAGCCGAAAAUUCAAUGAAAAUGUCCCCACCUUUGCGUAAAUCUACCGCUUUUGUUGCGGGCGAGUCGGUUUUUUUUCCGCCCGACUCUCAGUUAAAUCCUUGUAGGCCGUUACCCUCAAUUCCUUUUCGUCAGCAAUCUCUCUUUAAACACUCAACACACUCAGGAAUACGGAAUAUGAAGAACUUGGCGGGCAAGUGCCAAAUCCAAUCAGAGUCGGAGUCUGGGAGCGAAGCUGGAGAAUUUUUAUUUUUCCCUCAGGAUGAAAGAUCUUUCCCAGCAAAAGAUCUCAUCUACGAGAUAUCAAAGAUCGAUCAGUACUGAGGUUGUUUGAAUCAGCAGAUAUAAGUGGCGGCGUUCUUCCAGCUGGCCUCUCAGUGGUUCCACCUUCGUGGGAUCAAGAUCAGUCAUAUUUCAGUGAGCCAGAGUUUGAUUCAGAAUACCAGCAUCAGCACAUCCACAAAACUAAGGGUAGUAAAUCAAAUUCGGGAAACCAUCAACCGUAUUACAUGACCACCCCCUCUCUACCAGGGUCCUCCACUCUACCUAGGGUAGGGCCCCUCCUGCGAGCCUAUUCUCCCGCUCUUCCUAAGUCAUCCUCAGAUCGGCUUCAUGGAGAUGCUGGCUACCUGUCUAGCCCAGAGAGAGGCGGGACCAUCCCACCUAGAGCCUAUACAGCAGGGUAUGUACCAUCUGCCACAGCCACUUAUGAAGAUCCAUACUAUGCACAGUAUGGUUCAAGAACCGGUUCAAUUACUCCAGUGAUAGACGAAGAAACAAGUGACACGGAACUAAUGGACGAAUCUUAUAAUUUGUAUGGAGUGAAACUGGCUGCAGGGCCUGUGCCACCUAGAUCUCCCUUUGCCCCUCCCGCUCCAGUUGUGCCACCAUAUGAUGUCACCAGGAUUCGAGUCGAACAUAUGGAACGACAGUUAGCUAAUCUGACUGGACUAGUACAAAAAGCCCUAGUUCAGCAGACACCAACGCCAGCACCCAGGGAUCUACCACCCCACUCUGGCAGCUUCCGCAUCGCUUCGGAGGAAUGCGAUAAGCACUCGAGCACCCAUGCAGCUCCUUCCCUCCCAGAUAAGUCCGUAUCAUUUGAGAAGUCAGUAUCGUUUAGUGAUGAGCCGCCAGAUAUGAAUUCUCCCAAGCAACAUUCUCCGCAACAUGGAGUGGAUACAAAACCAACAAAAUCAGCUAUCAAGUCUUCUACUCUGCCUAGAAUGUCCUCACAAGAACGAGAUCGGUUAAAACCUGCUCCACCUCCAAAGCCUGUGUCAAUUUCUCCUGGCCAAUAUGAAGGAAGAAGUGUCUAUCGCGAUUUGCAGCUAACACCAGAAAUGUAUAACCAAUUGCGUGGCUUCCAAAAAAAAGUCAAGGACCUGAAGUCAGAAGUUCGGAACCUACGGAGAGUGUCGCAGGCUCAAGCUCACUCAACUCGGGAAACGAUUAAAGAUGCAAAUAUUAAAAUUAGAGCAAUGCUGGUUAGCGAUUCGGUAUGGACAGUAGGAAGUGAUACGGAGAGGUUACAAGUAACUCGUGAAGAAGAUCUUUAUAAGCAAGAAAUGACUCACCUCGAAACUGACUUAACGGAGCUGGAAACCACAGUAGAAGAAUUAAGAGGUAAUGUGAUAAAUCGGAAAACACGAGUCAACAUGUCAGAUGUUGAAAACAUGGCCCUCAUUCUCAGUAAAUCAAGUAAAACAGUUGCAGAUUUGAAGUUACGUUUUCCAGGUUUGCAAGACGCUAUGAAGUCUUUUCUCAGUCAAGAAAUGGACAAAAUAGUUCGUGAGGAAACAUUUCUGAAGGAGGAACCAGAACGACUUGAAAGUGCUUUAAGACGUUGUAAGAAACUCACGGGUACUCUUGUUACGCUUAAAAGACUAGCUUCAGUACAAGAACAGAGACUGCCUGAUACAAAACUAUCUCCAACUGCUGAUGAAACAUUGCCAACCACUCCUAGCUCUAACAAAGCCAUUGGAGCGAGGCAUGUCAUGGGGCCACCCCAAAGUGGGAACAGUCGAGCCAACAGCGGUCGUGCGGAGAACGCACUCGACGCUCUGCUAGAUGAACUUCAGACAUUUUCAAAACAACCCCCUCCUACUAAAGAUUCUUCUCAACCAGCUUCAGUCGCUUGUGCACACUCUUAUCCUCCAGAACCCAAACCUCCAGUUCCGGAACGCUCUGUGGAACUCAUCAACAAGCGAGUUCCUCCGCCUCCACCACCUCGUACCAGCUCUAAAUCACCCCUUGCGUCCCCAACUACCAUCAGCCCAUCUAGCACUGUUACCACCGUAACAACGUGCAAUGUUGGAGGCUCAUCUGUCCAUCUCAAACGUAACAAGCCGUCACGAUCAAGCUUGAAGAAAACCAGUUCUACCUCUGAAUCAGCGAUUUCCAACUCAUCUAGUUGUGAAAGUGUCAACUCAAUCAAUUCGCAAGACGGAACGCAAAGCAAAUCUCGUCAGGAGGAGCUUGAAACGCGACACCAAGAGUUAUUACGCAAACAGAAGCAACUUCAGGAACAGUACACUCGAUUGCAGCAGCUACAACGGUCAGGUAAUUCCACAUCACUCACAUCUCCUCAUCAGGUUGCCCCUGACCUGUUACAAUUAAAGAAAACUGGCUCUGAAUCAAACUUACUUCAAAAAUUUAACUUUAGCCUGUCAGUUUCGCCAGGUUUAUCAGGAUCAUUAUCACAAUUAGCACAAGUUGUCACUAUGCAGACAACAGAUGGAAAUAAAACCGAGAUUGAUUCAGUAAAUAGUGAUAUAAAUACCCCUGCUAAUAUUGGUAAUCGUGCAGUAGCCAAUAAAGUAUAUGAAACAGACAUUCUUUGACUUGCCAAUUCUCAGGUUUCCUUUACACUAACCAUCUUCUCUUAUGUUUUUAUUUAAGGCUCAUAACUUUUAAUUGGCUCUUUUUAAUGCAUCAACUAAGAUAAAGGUCAUCAGUAAAGUAGGGUACACAGAAAGAUUGUUAACUUUUUGAAGCAAGAGAUUUGAUAAGAAUUACAGACUAUUUUUUCUAUACAUAUACAUUUAGAAAAGCGGAAGAAAAUUGCAGAAUCUCUGUGAAAUUUCCAAGGAUCGGAAAAUUUACUCGGACGUGAAAGAAUAAGUUUUUCGUUCCCCUCUCUGAGUAUAACUUUUUCUGCUGUCUCUUUUCUUCCUCCACUGCUUCCCUCAAGAAACAGUCGCAAUGUUUUUGAUCCUGGCUUCUAAUUUCAAAGUGAACUCAGUCCUAAAUACCGAUAAAUUUUAUUAGAAUUUUAUGUAUCCAUAUUGAUAAUCAAAGGUAUCAAUAUUUAAAUGAUAUUGGCGCACCUUAUCAUAAUAUUGAACUACCAUCUUAUCAGUAAUGACCCCCAUUUGUCGAUCCAUUCAUCUCAGUUAUUCUCAAGCUCUGCUGUGGCUUAGAAUGGAGAAGCUGCAUGGUUACCUACAUGGUUAUGUUCACACGGUAUCCUGAAACUCGUUAUUAUUACCCAGUCCUCUGACUCUGUUAUCAACGUCUUAAAGCCCUCUAGAAAAAAUUACAGACUUGCUCUCCGUAUCCAGCCUCUUCGAAUAAAAGUGACAGGACUAAACAACAAACAACUCAUUUUAAGCAGUGGAAAUGACGGUAAACUUACCCAAGUUGCCAAAAUCCUUUAAGCCUAUUGUAUUUACUUUUUCUCUGUAUGAAUGUACACAAUUUCAAGAACCUAAAAUCCUGAUGCUUGUAGUGGAAGAUUAUUAAAUUUUCUUUUCAUAAUUUUGUUUCCCAUUGGACAAAUACAUUAGUCUUGGAAUAUUGUAUUGGAGUAUUACAUCUGUUUAGUAAUUGUAA